CACGCGCUAGCCUGAUAAAGAAAUCAUGAAGGGACCCCUGCAAUGGUGGGGUAGCCAUGCUGGUCGCAGGAUACGAGAGCAACAGGUUGGGUGAGGCCAUCUGGGAACAAGGCAAGUCAGGUCUGGGCACCUGAAGGAUCCACAGCUUUCAAGUGUCUAAUCUCAGCUCGGUUCUGUGCUGCCCUCUUGAGUAACAUCUCAGAUUGUGAUGAGACUUUUAACUACUGGGAACCGAUGCACUACCUCGUCUAUGGGAAAGGGUUCCAGACAUGGGAAUAUUCUCCAGUCUAUGCCAUUCGCUCCUAUGCUUACCUGUGGCUGCAUGCCUUGCCAGCCUUAUUCCAUGUUAGAGUUCUGCAGACAAAUAAGGUUCUCGUCUUUUAUUUCCUGCGAUGUCUCUUGGCCUUCUUGAGUUGCAUUUGUGAGCUUUACUUUUAUAAGGCCGUGUGUAAGAAAUUUGGGCUGCAUGUGAGCCGGCUGAUGUUGGCCUUCUUAGUUCUCAGCACUGGGAUGUUUUGCUCAGCUGCAGCCUUCCUCCCCAGCAGUUUCUGUAUGUACACCACAGUGGUUGCCAUGACUGGCUGGUAUAUGGAUAAGACCUCAAUAGCCGUGCUGGGCGUGGCAGCUGGAGCCAUCGUGGGUUGGCCUUUCAGUGCAGCUCUUGGGCUACCUAUUGCUGUUGACUUGCUGAUAAUAAAACGGAGGUGGAAGAGCUUCGUGAACUGGUGUCUGGUGGCCCUGAUCCUGUUUUUGGUUCCUCUUGUGAUUGUUGACAGCUAUUACUAUGGGAAGCUGGUAAUCACUCCUCUCAACAUUGUUUUAUACAAUGUCUUCACACCUCACGGACCCGAUCUUUACGGUACUGAGCCCUGGUCCUUCUAUUUUAUUAAUGGUUUCCUGAACUUCAAUGUGGCGUUUGCCUUGGCCCUGCUUGCCCUGCCGCUGACCUUCCUCAUGGAAUGUCUGCUACAGAAAUUUCAUGUUAUAGGCUUGUUAUCCAGAUCCUGCUUCUCCUUCUUUUGGGCUCUGGCUUCCCUGCAUUCUGGGACCUUUAGGGCAUCUGGAGCCUACAGAAAUCCACUAAUCCAGAAUCUGGGUCGCCCAUAUUGGCUUACGCUAGCUCCUAUGUACAUCUGGAUCCUGAUUUUCUUCAGCCAACCCCACAAAGAGGAGAGGUUUCUGUUUCCCAUAUAUCCUCUUAUCUGUCUCUGUGGAGCUGUGGCUCUCUCUGCCCUACAGAAAUGUUACCACUUCGCAUUCCAGCGUUACCGCUUGGAGCACUACACAGUCUCCUCCAACUGGCUGGCUCUGGGGACGGUUUUUCUCUUUGGACUCUUGUCACUCUCGCGCUCCAUGGCUUUAUUCAAAGGCUACCACGGGCCUCUGGACCUGUAUCCAGAAUUUCAUAGGAUUGCCACUGAUCCGACUAUUCACACAGUGCCAGAGGGGAGGCCAGUUAAUGUCUGUGUGGGGAAGGAGUGGUACCGAUUUCCGAGCAGCUUUCUCCUGCCAGAUAAUUGGCAGCUCCAGUUCAUCCCAUCAGAGUUCAGGGGCCAGUUACCGAAACCAUUUGCCAAGGGACCAAUGGCCACAUGGAGCAUUCCUGCAGACAUGAAUGACCGAAACAGGGAAGAGCCAUCCAGAUAUAUUGACAUUUCCAAAUGCCAUUACCUGGUGGAUUUAGAUAGAGCGAUUGAAACGUCAAGGGAGCCGAGAUACUCCGCCAACAAAGAAGAAUGGGUCAGCAUUGCCUACAAACCAUUCCUGGAUACUUCCAGGUCUUCAAAGCUGCUGCGUGCUUUCUAUGUCCCUUUCCUGUCCGAGCGGCAUACGUCAUAUGCAAACUACACCAUCCUUAAACCCCGGAAGUCAAAGCAAGCCAGGAAAAACACAGGAGGUUAGCAACACACCUGCGGACCAAAAAGGAUCAACCAAUGUUGUCGGCCAGCUGCUUAAACCUUACUAGAAAAAAAAAAAUGGUUGUAAGAUUCACUAAUAAAAGUUUCCCACCCAGUGAUUUCA